GAGGCCUUCUCAAAUAGGUUCGUUACAAUAUGCUUUUCGAAAAGUCAUUAACAUGUGACUUUGAUGAUAUCAAAUCCGAGGAAGUUCUCAUUCUUUUUCCUGUUUUGUAUCAGUCCGGUGACUUGAUACAAUGCAUUUCAAAAGUUUCAAUUACACAUAAUCUUCGUCAUCUUCUGGGUAAUCUAAUCAACACUUUGAAUUCCCUUAGAAGUGUGAAAAUCCCUAUACUAUGGGAAGAAACAUGCACCGAAUAUUCUCUGUCUUCUAUUCCUUCAUUUCCUUCCCUCGCUCUAAAUUACGAAUCACAAAAUGCUUUGGGGAAGUUAAAAACACUCAUGCUCCUUAUCAUUCAUUUAUGCAACGAUAAGCCAGAUCCAAAAUGCUCGCUAGAAAGCUGUUGCGAACUCAUGGAAGCUGAAGCUCUGGAAACUGAAGUCUUUAUUAUCUUAUGUUUUAUAUUCCAUGGUCUUUCGAAUUACCACUUAGUUGGGAAGUUCUUUUGUGGUUAUUUGGCUCACUGUAAUACUGUCAAUCACAGUAUUUUACUAAAGUUGGCAGUUAACUUACCCUCUGAUUGGUGGCCUAUAGUCCACGAAUUAUGGAAGCUGGGGAAGUCUCUUACAACCAAAUCCUGCUGUCAGGGUGACAAUUUGCAAGAUAAGGAUGGAAUCCAGCGUAUUCCGCAUACCAAGUCAAACGUUGGAGCCCAUUUAAACCCAUUUUCAUUGUCAUGUCGUAUUCAAACAGUUUUAUUUUACCUGGUAAAAUUAAACCCACACGAUGCCGUUACAGUAGUGGAGAAUUGCAUUACCACCCGUCAGUUUCCAGGCUUAGUUUUGGAUUUACUUUUUGGAUUGAUCAAUAAAGAGGGUUAUACCUUGAAUUUUUUGAAGAGGAUUUUGCUAGACAGUGGACAAGACAUUCGAUCUUGGAUGAGCAAUUUUCUGAAGCUUCCAUCUUCAUCAUGGUACUUGGAUAAGCUAAGCCAUCAUUUUAUAAAAAUCACUUCUUGCCUUAUACCACGUGAUUCUGCAAUUCCUUUGGAUGAUAACACGAUUCUCACUGCGUUAACAUUACUUCGUGUGUUAGCUGCAUUUCGUGGUUUUAUAAAUUACAAUUUCCCACCAGAACUGUCGCAAAAGUUAUUGAUUCUUCUUACACAUCGAACAGUUGUUUCUGAACGUGGCUUACAAUAUAUCAGUUAUUCGCUCGCAUUCUUAAUUGGGUUACGUUCAAGUUUGGCAACAGGAAUAUCUUCAGAUACUAAUGGCGUAAUGCACAAUAAUAGUCGUGUUCCUGCAAAUACAACAGAUAUUGAAAAUACAAUUGUAACUUGGCUCCAACGUUUAAUAGAUGAACAAGAUAUUUUCAAUUCACUAACUCAAUCAUCAUCGUCAUCUUAUCUGCGUAAUUGUAAUCAAUUUUCAAAAACAACAUCGUACAUUGAACCUUUACUGCUUUUAGCUAUCUUAUUUCAUACAAAUCAACCUGGACCAAUUACUGAACUAAUAUCAACUUUACUUGGUCUACGUAUACCAUCACUUGGACGAACUAUCAAUGGAUGGCGUAAAUUAUUUUUCCAAACUGUUUUUACAGAAAAUAUGAUUGCUAAUCAAGUUGCACGAAUUCCAAUUACGCCAAAAUUGAGUCGACAUUUAGUUGGUCACUUACCAACUCAAUGUAUGCUACAAUUACUUAAAUCGCAUGCAUUUGCUAAAAAUAAACUACAUACUAAGAAAUGGAUUAUUGGACAGAUACGUGAAAGUGUACGUCCAAUUCAUCCAUUGUUACCAGAAUUAUUAGAAGCACAUAUUACGCAUUCGUUUACUUCCAAUUCUAACAAUUCAUCGUCAUUGAAUAGUGAUAUUCCUAGUAUUACUAAUAGUAUUAGUAGCAGUACUAUUACUACCAAUCCUACUGCUUCAACAGCUUAUAUCAACUUAUCAUUAAUUUCCGAACAGGAAUUAAUCAAUGAAUUCACAAAUUCUAAAUCUUCUAAUUUGAUUCAAUUUUGUGCACCAGGGAUUCAUUUACAAUCGAAAAUUAAUCAUAAAUCUGUAAAUCGUUUAUAUAUUUCAACUACAGAACAAGAUUUUACUCCGCAAUUAUUAUUUCUAUAUUAUGCAUUUUUUGUUUUCGAUUAUCAGUUCAAUUUACGUUUAACAUCUAAUCGACAUCGUUUACUUAAUGAACCAUCAUGUGUUUAUUCCAAUAAACUAUGGGAUAUUAUACCUAUAACAUAUCUUUUACGAUAUGCUCGUGCACAUUUAUCAGAUUAUCGCUCUCUAUAUCCAAAAUUAUUACAAUUGGUUACAAAUCAUUUUCCGCAUUUAACUAUGGGUGAAAUGAUGAUACAAGAUGAAUUAUUACUUGAUUCAAUAUGGAGAUCUGAACACGAACCUAUUCGUGUUCUUUGUAUUAACAAAGCUGAAACGAAUUUAUCACCGGUGAAUAAUACAACAACAAUCAUAACAUCGAGAGUAAUGACGAACCAAACAAAUUUUGUUUAUCAACAAUCGAAUUAUCCUUUGCCAUUCCGUGAAGAACAAUUAAAUCAAGCAUUUGAACAAGUAAUUUCAAAGCUAUCAAUAUCUAUUGAACAGCCAACAACAUUGAAUAAUCUAUCUGAAAUAUGUCCAUUAUGGAAAAAUCUUAUUUAUAUGAUUAAUCAAUUGAUACAAUCAAUAGAGAUAUUCGGUUUAGAUUGUUUAUUAAAUUUUGGUCCAAUCUUAGCUGAACAAUGUCCAAGACUACUAUUAUUACAAGGUAAUGGUGGAUUUUUAGGCGUCAAUCGUAAAUUUGUACAUUCUAUGGAACUUUUAUGGAGACGUUUACAUUUGAUUAUGCCAAGACGAUUGGAAUUAAUCACUAUGAAUAGAAUACGAUCGUCUAACAAUGAUCCUCCAACAACAUACACAUCAACUGCCAUGACAACAAGUAUAGGUACUACAAAUCCCCUUGACUUAUUUAUUGAAGCUAGCAAUCUCAUCAGUAGUAGACGAAAACCUUUAUGCAGUUUAGAUUUAUGUACAGAUCCAGUUGAAAAUGUUAUGAGUGAAGUAGAUAGAAAAGUUUUUCGAUGUCCGUCACUUCUUCGUUUAUUUCUACGUAUAUUGGAAUCAAGUUUAUUAGCAUCCAGAUCAUAUUGGGCACAUAGACUUGUUGACAGAGUCCAACCUAUACGUGGAACAACCACAAAUUCAACUGUAUAUAAUACCCAAUCAACAACGUCUAUGCCAGCAACAAUGAUGAUGCUUUCUUCAACAAAUAGUGGAACACCAUUAUCUGGUUCUCCUAUUCCUAGUACUAAUGCUGAUUUGUUAAAUCAAGAUACAUCUAGUUCAACCACAAACUAUCCGAAAUUUAUUGGUUCUUCCAAAUUAAUUUCUACUGAUUCUAGCCAACAACAACAACAACAGGUUAACAGCAUAUCUACCGUUGCCCUAACAACAUCAUCAAUAACUACCUCUCCUACGUCUACAUCAGUAAAUACAACUGUUUCUACUUCUAAUACAUUAUCUUCUGCACAAAUAUACAAUGAAUCUAAUACAAAUAUUUCUCCUCAAUCAGUAGUACCAAUUAAUAAUGAAGAAUGUGAACGUUUAUGUACAAACAUGUUAUUAACACAAGAUUCAACUAUUAUUCAGUUAUUGCUAGAAUAUUGUUUACCAACAGAAGAUGAAAAGAAACUUGAAUCAGAAAUUAGUAUUCUUCGUGAAAUACGUAUUACAAUUUGUACAUUUAUACAUUCAUUAUUCAUUGCUCAACCUGUACUCGCAGAGAUUAUUGUUUGGCAAACGUAUCCUCGUGCAUUGAUCCCUAUCAGUGCUCAAGCCAUCCCAUCAUUACAUAUCUGUUUGGAUACGGUUAUUGAUGUAUUUCGAAUGAGUGGAGAUUAUGCCAAAAUGGUAAGCUGGAACUUAUUUUCCUUCAGCUUUUUUAUUUAUUUAAUUUUUUGACAGUUCAGUUUUAUAAUUUACAGUUGAGUAUGUAAUUAAAUAGAAUGGUACAUAUAUAUACUACUUAUAAUUUAAUCAGCUUAUUGUAUAUUAGUUUAUAUAUAUUCAAGUGUUAGUUAUCAGUGUUAUGAAUACUUAUGAUACUGAUGAAAUGAACGUCAAUAGUUUCCAUGUUGUCUCUUAGUUGUAAUUAUUAUUUGGUAGAAAAUUAUUUCCUUUUUAGUCAUGGGAAUCAGAUAAACAUUGAUUUAAAUAUCCGAUUUGGUUUGGUUAGUUUUUCUUAUUUAAAUCAAUGUAGAAAGUAAUGUUUUGUUUUGUUUUAUCUAUACGGUUGUAUAAAUUUAAAUCAUGAAAGAAUUAGACAAACAACCGAUGUUGUCAAUUGUGUUUUGAUUAAAUUUUCAGUAACACCACAGUUUAAUCGAAUGGCUUUUGUAAAGUGAUAUCAUGUAUGGUUUAAAAUAUUUUUCUCUACACUAAUACGUUACUACGAUAAUGAGACUAGUCAGAUCUAGCAUUCACAACCUAGAAUAGAGAACCAGGUUAACACUAGAUAAUACUUUAUUCAAUACCGCUGCAAGAAGUCACAAUCAGUGAGUUCGCGAUAGAAAUUAAUAAGAGGAAAGGAAAUCACAUUUAAUGGUCAGUAGACUAAGUACCUGUUUGUCUACGCUCAGUGACCAAUCCAUAGUUUACUUUCACUACCGCAUAUCAUAAAGUUAGGUACUGUGUUUAGAGCAGUGGAGACUAAAAUGUGCUUUACUUUCUGUUCAGGACUCAUCAAUUGAAUGUGCCUCUAUUUCAGUAUCAACGUUCACAUUAGGACUUCAACCCGGUCAGUCAUCUUUUGUUUCGAUCACUAACUCCUUAUCCAUUGAACUACCCACUCCAGAUAGCGAUUCAAUUAUUCAAUGAAUAUAAUGUUUAUUAUUCAUUAUUAAUUGGGUUUAAGAUGUAAGUACAUCCAGCUGAUAAGUCCUAAAUACAAUGAGAUUUGUAUCGUGGCUUCCAAUCUUCUGGUCGAAAAUGGUCUAUUCUUUAAAAAACUUGCAACAAACUGGGUAUAUCAAGGCAAUCCACAAAGUGUGCACAAACAUACUGUCUGGGCCUUAACAUUGAUUAAAUUCCACCAACUAAAAAUGUAGAAUUCUUUUCACUAAACUAAAUAUUGUCAAUAUUUUUCUAUCCCACUGACUAUUCCAUCAUGAAAUAUUUCAAAAAUUAUUGUCAUUAGUAGACGCUUCAAUUGACUUUAAGCAUAUUAUUUUUCUCUUAUAAUGGGAAAUGAUUUUUUUUUUACUGAAAAAAUAAAACGCAUGACAUAAUUGACGAAUAUCAGUUUUUUUCAAUUCUACAGAUGUAUUCCUUAAAAAAACUCAGUCUGUAUCACAUGAUGGUAGAGAAUUUUUGUAGUUCCGGAUGAGAAUGUUCGAGGUGUUUUAGUCUCUAUAUUUAUUUAUUUGAACACAAAUAUUGAUACAAAGGAGCACCGAAUACAUAUUCGCCACACAGGUCAAUUGAUUUGUGUGUGGGCUGUGGUACUGCCCGGUUGCCACACCCACAAGACAGUGGAGCAACGUCAGGAACUGUAGUCCCAUGGUAGCCGGUGACUAACAAUUGGUUGAUACGCCAUUUAUUCCCUCAGGAUGCUGGAGCCCAUGUGCACCAUUGGUUUGGAAUCAGGGUUUUCCAACUCCUCUAAGUGGACCCUCCGUAUCCACCAAUCCGGUUAAAGCGACAGAUAUUCGCUUUUCGUCCUCUCAAUUUCGUAAACAACACCGCCUCGAGGAGACAGUGAGUAGGACUUCCCUGGUACUGGCUGUAUACGCGUGAUCAUAUGAGGGCGAACUCUCCUCCACCCUCGGCCGUACCAGGACAUUUGGGGGCGUAGUCUCUAUGGUUAGAUUACCAGCAGUUAAGUGCCUAAAAGUAUGCUUAAUUAGUAGUGUCAUUUAUAAGUGAACAAUAAGACUUUUUCAAAUAAAUUCUCAUUAUUCAAAAUAAUGACGAUUAAGAUGAGAAAAUAAAGAGCUUCAGGCAGUUUCUUUUUUGUAAAUAAUAAAAUAUGUACAACAUAUGCAUUUUGGAAUUUUAAGUAAAAUUAGAUUGCCUAUGUAGUUUAGCAAGAUUGUGAAAUUAAUAAUCGGAAUAAUUAUGAUCGAAGUAGAAUAAAACGAAUAUAUUUUUUGAGGUGAUAGGUGGCGGACAACGGUACUAGUAGAUGAUUUUUGGCUUUCUAAACUCAGACAAUACAAUUUCAUCAAAGUUUCGAAUAAUAAUCAUAUCAAAUAUUCGAUAAGAAAUUAUGCUAUUGAAAUGAAUGAUAUGAAUUAGAUAAGGAAUAUUAGAGAAAAAAGGUUAAAUUAGUGGUAGACGGAAGUGAAUUAUUCAUCUGAUGUAUAAUAUAGGGUAGGGUAAACCAGAAAAUUAAUCAGAUACAUCCUAGAUGUAAAUAUAAUGGGGGAAUAGUGAUAUAUAUCUAUUAGACGUAUCAGAUUGCACUUUAUGUUGAGUAAAAUUGUCCACUUAUUAGUUCUGAAGCUGGUCAAAGUAGUAGAAGAGGUUAAACCGGUUUUUUAUGGAAUUCAGAACUCAGGGCGUUUCUUUUUUUACUUGAACAGUUAUUGCUUCCAUCGUUUGAGAAAUUUCGAGAUUAGAUCACCUAUUGUGACGUGUAACUUUUAACAGUAAAGGUUGCUAAAAAUCAACGGUUAUCGUUUGUUUUAUGAUAUAUUUGAACUGUAUUAACUGCGAUCGAACCAUUUACGAUUGUGACUGAAAUAAGAAUCUAAAUUCUUAGAACACUGACCAAUAUAACUUACUUCAUUGAAACAUUUGUAUUGAUAAAUUCAAAAAAUGGAUUUUUUCCGUUGAUAAAGCUCCAUGGUUUUUAUUCAGAAUGACUUAUGCACUAAUCGUUCGUACACCCCUGCCUUGUAUGUUGAAUCGCCUAUUGGAUUAUCGCUAUUACAAGGUGUUGCGUAGAUUGUUGAAUUUAAAGUUUCACAUUAUGGACUAAAUCGAGUUGGACAACCAUUGAAUACCAGUGUACUCUACAUAACUGUUUGACCGUAGUAUUAUACAUAAUACUCAUGCAUUACCCAACUAGCGAAUUAAUCCAAAUGCCUUCGUACCUCACGAUGGACACUGGAUCUUCAGAUUAUUUCAGUCAAUUCGUGAUAUUGUACGAUCAUCAUUCAUCGUCACGAUUGGCACAAGUACACAAAUAAAUAGAUAACUUCAGCCUAAUUAAAUAAGCAAAAUAACUUGAUAUAUAAUAUUCAUCUGUUACAUCUGUUAAACACACUUUGCAUUUAAUCGUAACGCUCCACAUACGUAGGUACAAUACCAUUAUAAUUAUGUUAAAGUAUUUAUAUUACUCUGUAAUCCUCUGGAUUCCAACCGGUCACUGUGUACAUCAAAUUGUUUGUUUCCGUAAGGUAUUUCUCAUUGAUAGACUAAUGAUUUUGAUAAUUGAAUUUGGACAGAAUUCUUUUGGGUUAUGUCAAAAUAAACUCUGAACGUCAGUCUCAAUCAUCAUCUCUUUAUAUCUAAUAACAGUAAAUAAUAAAUAUGCCUUGUUUUUUUUUAAUGAUCACUAUCUAAAGUUGUAAAUAAAUGGAUAGUAUUUGUCUGUUCUUAUGGAUAUUGUCGUAAAUUUCAGUGAGUGGGGUUAGAGAGAUGUAAAUAAACAAAAAUUCUUUUGAAUAAGAAGAAAAUCUCUAGUCUUUGAUGUUGUUUCUUUCUUCAUUAUACGUCCAAGUGUGUGUGUGUGUAUGUGUAUGCGUAGAAAAAAUACCUUAAACUGUGUCAUGCAUCCUAAACAUCAAAUGUCAAUGAGAUCUGUUCAUUUUAACUUUUGAAAAUUAUAUUUCUGUUUGUUCUUGUCAUUGUUGUCAUUGAUUU